UUGACAGUUCUUAAAAUUUGCCUUUCUCAACAAAAGACAACACAAACAUUUUGGAUUUUGUUUUCUAAUUAUUAUAAAAUAACUUUAUUUUAUUUAAAAUAAAAUAACAAAAAUGACUGACUACGAUUCAGACGAGGAAAAAUCCCAAAUGGAAAAACUCCAAUAUGCAGAUGUUAAGCCGGGAAUGUUUGUUAGCGGUUGGGAUGAUGAAAAUGACUUGAUUGAAGAGGAUAAAAAUCCUCAAGCUAGUUUAGAAAGAUUGAUACUAUGGGCAGUAAAUGAAGGUCAAAUCGACAAAGUACGUGAAAUUCUUGAACUUAAUCCAAAUACAGUGAAUGCUGUUGAUGAGGAUGGUUACACUCCGUUGCACAGAGCUUGUUACAAUAAUUUCGUGGACAUUGCUCAACUUCUACUCCAGUACAAUGCCAAUUUGAAUGCUCAAACUGAAUUGAAAUGGACUCCAUUGCAUUCGGCAUGUAAAUGGAGUAAUGCUGAAUGUGCUGCAUUGCUACUUCAGCAUGGUGCCGAUGUCAAUGCAAAGUCAGAUGGUCUACAGACUCCUCUUCAUGUUGCUGCUACAGUUUCGAAUUGUCGAAAUACAGCAAUGACACUAUUGUUGGACAGAAAUAUCGAUGCCCAAGCUAAGAACAACUCGGAGGAGACAGCGGCAGUUAUUGCUCGACGAACAGGAAUGACGUAUCCAGUUUUUGAAAUUGGUCAUCCAGCAUUUCAAGUUGAAACUGGAUUAAUUGAUUAAAAAUAUGUAUAUUUAUUUUGAGAUUAAGGAAAUAUAAAAGAAAUUAA